CGGGGGCCGGCCGAGAUGGGAGAGAGCGUGUCCAAGAGGCUGAAGCUGCAACUGGGAGGCGAGGCGGAGAUGGAGGAGCGGGCUUUCGCCAACCCCUACCCCGACUACCAGCCCCAGGGAACCGCAGCAGCCCACGGCGCGGCGGAGGCCCAGCGGGAUCGCGCGCUGCUGCCGCCGGCGGCGGAGGACGCUCUCCCCUUUGGCGCGGACGGGAAGGUCAGUGCUCAGUUCACAAAACGGAUCCAGACAAAAAUCAAGGACCUUCUGCAGCAAAUGGAGGAAGGGCUGAAGACAGCAGAUCCCCACGACUGCUCUGCCUAUACCGGCUGGACUGGCAUUGCCCUCUUGUAUCUCCAACUGUACCGUGUCACAAAGAACCAAAGCCAUUUGCAGCGAUCUCUCGAUUAUGUGAAGAGAAUCCUUCGCAAUCUGAAUGGCAGACGAGUUACUUUUCUCUGUGGUGAUGCUGGGCCGCUGGCAGUGGGUGCAGUAGUUUAUCACAUGCUGAAAAAUGAAAGUGAAUCUAAGGAAUGUGUUGCUAGGCUGUUACAGCUGCAAAGGACAGUCAUAAGCAUGGAUGCUGAACUUCCAGAUGAGCUGCUUUAUGGCAGAGCUGGUUACCUGUAUGCCUUGCUCUACCUGAAUACAGAAAUUGCUCCAGACACUGUUCCGCAGUCCAUUAUCAAAGAGGUAAUAGAUGCCAUUAUUGAAUCAGGGAAAAACUUCUCGAAGGAGGAACGUAAAACAGAGCGUUGUCCUCUGUUAUAUCAGUGGCACAGGAAGCAGUACGUUGGAGCGGCCCACGGCGUGGCUGGGAUCUAUUACAUGCUAAUGCAGCCAAUUGCAAAUGUGGAUCAGGAGACCUUGACAGAGUUGGUGAAGCCAAGCAUUGACUAUGUGCGCCAUAAAAAAUUCAGAUCUGGGAAUUAUCCAUCGUCAUUGAGCAAUGAGACUGACAGAUUGGUUCACUGGUGCCAUGGUGCCCCUGGAGUCAUCCACAUGCUCAUGCAAGCUUAUAAGACUUUUAAAGAGGACAAGUACUUGAAAGAUGCUAUGGAGUGUAGUGAUGUCAUCUGGCAAAGAGGUUUAUUGAGAAAAGGCUAUGGGAUCUGCCAUGGUACUGCUGGCAAUGGCUACUCCUUCUUGUCUCUCUACAACCUAACUCAGGACAAAAAGUACCUCUACCGAGCUUGCAAGUUUGCUGAAUGGUGUUUGGAAUAUGGUGCACAUGGAUGUCGUAUUCCUGACCGUCCUUAUUCUCUUUUUGAAGGUAUGGCUGGAGCUAUUCACUUCCUCUCAGAUAUUUCAGUACCAGAAACUUCCCGGUUUCCAGCGUUUGAACUUGGACCUCAAAGGAGGGAAGACAAAAUGGAACAGGACAGCUAAAGGGUUCUUUGGAAAGUAAACACAUGCCAAAAGAGAUGAGACUGUUUAGUGCCUCUGAUAUAGAGCCAACGUAACCCUAAGCUGAUUGAUGGAUAAACCGUUUCUCACUUCUCCUGCCCCAAGGGACAUGAAGUCCUUAGAGCAUGAAUUGAGAGAAGCUACAUUUAAGUUCUGUUAGUGACACCUUCACAUGCAGAACGAGGGAAGUCAAAUUUGCACUUUCUCUCUUUCAUUGUAUUUGUCUUCUUCAGGUCUUUGACAUGACCUGCAUGUUUAUUGGUGUUGUCUGUUGAUUCGAGUCUGUUGUUGUUAGCAAAGAGCUGUUCUCUGUGUGAAGCUCCAUCCUGUACCUUCAUGCAUGACCUGUAACAACAGUGUUGCUUUCUGCAGUGUGGUUAGCCUGAGAGCUCCACUUUAUGCCAGAGAGUUCACUGUAAGAGAGUACUCAGCUUCACUAGUGAGCUGACAACUUCAAAAAGAGAUGGAAAACAUGCUUUUCUUCAUUGCUUUCUACAUUUUUCUCCUCUACAGUCCCUAGGUCAUGGAGAUCAGCCUUGCCUGAUGAAUUGGUAUGAGGCCUUCUCAGUUUUCAGGAGUGUAUCAGGUUAGAUGUGGCCUGUGGCCUGACUUUUCUUUUCUUUUGCUGUUUUAGGAGCCUUUUUUUUUUUUUUUUUUAAUUUUUCAGAGAGAGAGAGUGAGAGAGGCUGCCUGCACCUGGUUUGUGUGCUAGGGGGAGAUGCUUAUCCCCACCUUUGCAUGUUAGGAGCUUACCAAACUGCAGGCAGUCACCUGAAGUAGCCUCCUGCUUCCAACAAGAGAGAAGGGACAGUGUAACUACGCUUUUCCACUGUGGUUCAUGGAUUUGUAGUAAAUCUCUCUUCAACAGCACAUAGCAUACAGAUGAAGUCAGCACUGUAUCUCAUGCUGGAAAAUCAGGAUGACUAUUACUACUGACUCAAGAAGGUGGAUUGUUCCAGGCCUUUCCCUCCCUCUCCUUACCCCAUUGCAUUUAUCCCAUGCUGUGUGACAGAAGUGAUAAAUACCAGCUGCUUGUGGAGGCUGCAGAAGAUCAAUAAGCAAUAUAUAUGCCAUUGCUAAGAGCUGUAAUUGAAGUUUAUUUUGUCUUAAAAUCAAGACAGAAAAAGCGUUUUCUCCUUAGUUUUUGACUGAGUUGUUAGUGCUUUGCUUCCCCCUGCUGUGCGGUGGAGUUGUGGAGUAUUGAGUCUUCUCUCAGCUGUCAAAGUGUAAGUUCUGCCUCCGUGUGCUCAUACAGGGUUCUUUGUCUGGGAGAAGUGGAACAUACUCUUAAGUAGGUACAUCUACAACGUAUUCCUGUUUUCCAGAUAAAGAAGUAUGCAUGCUAUUUGAGAAGGGUAAGAGUGGCAUUCUCUCAUUUGCUCAAAUUCUGUUGUCAUCCUCACCUUCCUCACAGGCCUUGUUGUGUUCUGCUAUCUCAGGUGCUUAUUUUAACCAGUACCUUACAUCAGGUGAAAAUGUGACAGGUGGCUGGGACUCUGACCUUUCAGGUGCCCAUUGGGAUAUCUGCGACCAUGGGCAACUGCUGAAUCCUCAGCGUUUGUGGUCAGACUUGGAAAUGCAUGCCUGUACCUGCAUGCAGGGAAGCAGGAGGCUUCCCUGAACAUUGACCUGUCUGUUGCCAAAUCCUUUGGGGUGCUAAUGUUUUCUGGAUUCAGUUCUGCUAGGCGAUAGCAGCAGUGCCAGUGCUGAGAGAGCUUAAUGUCUGCUGAUUUGUCAGUUAAGAUUGGGAGCAGUGAGAGAGACUUUUACGCUCCUCUGAGAGUAGAUCUGCUGGGGCACUGGGCCCAGAUGCAUUUGUGCAGCCAGGCAAGAGGGAAGAUUCUGAAAGGCAGCAGGGAGGAGGGUACUGCGUGGCAAACAGCUGUGGUGAAGUGACCCUGGUCAAAGAGGCGGAAAGCAGUGGGAUCAGUGAGGGAUGGGGAGCUGCUCGCGGGAGGCAGUGUGCAGAGCUGCAGUGUGCAUGCUGAGGCAGAACUCUCUAUUUUUUCUGUCAUCUCCCUGGAUUACUGCCUGUAAUCCAGGGAGGAAACUAGCUCACAGUGAAGCCUGACAGAAAGCCUAGCAAAAGAAGACGUGGAGGUUUAAAAAAAAAAAAAAAAAAAAAAAAAAAAAAAAAAAAGAAGAAGAAAAACACUACCUGAUCCUGUUUCACAUCCAUUCCCACCCCUUCCUUCUCCUUCGUCUCCUCUACACCUGUAAAGUGCAUGAGGUGGGCUAACGGGUGGGAUGCAUUCCUCUGCCAGGUCUGCAGGAGCUCCUGCAAACGCAGCACAGAAGCCACCCACCUUCCUGGCAGAUCCAGGCCUGUCUUUCAUGACCAACAAGCUGGGGGCGACAGGGAAAGGCUUUUUCAUUCAUUUGUUGGGAGCCUUCUUGGCUGCUCUGCUUGGGAUGGCACCUGUGAAAUAUGGUGAUGUUGGCUGGCUGGUAUUCAGGGAGAAUUGAAAUUCCUGGCUUGUUUAAAAAAUGUGGGUGCACACGCAUGAACUGCUUAACAGUGAGUAGAGACCAGAGGUGCAUGAUUGCCACAGUCAAUGGAGUGAGCACGUCCUCUGUGUGCUCCUGCACUGCAGCUCUGCUGUGGGGUGAGGCCCAGCACCAGGUUCUCUGCAGAAUUAUCUUGGAAUUGAGCAAGGCUGGAAAUGUGGUAUAUCACAGAAGGUCUGCGAGUACCUGUGCUUUGUCUUCCUCACAUGGCUCUCACUGCAGCUCCUCCCUUUUGUAUGUUACACCUUGUGAUAUCCAGGCAGCUGUUACAAAGUGUAUUGUGAGAAGGGGUGGAAAAAAUACAUUUUAACAAGACACCAUUUUCAGAAAUCUCAUCGAACUAAAAUGUGGAAAAUCGCUAAAUAUUCCCUGUUUUGCUUUGUCCAUGUGUAGUAGUCCAUCUGUUGCAAAAAGCCGUAGUGUUAAAAAUGGAGAUGUUCUUUGGGCAGAAAAAAGAGGAAAAAAUGCUGAUGUGUUGUUCUUUGGCUUUAUUAGUAAAGAUCAAGUUAUGUGGUGGUAA